AUGGAAGACGCCAAUGCAAGAAAUGUAGAUGAGACAGAACCUUCUGAUGCUAGAAUGACUCGGUUAGAAAGAAUGGUUGAAGCUCUGACUGGAUUGGUUAGACAACAGCUAGAACAAAACCAACAACCACAGCAAAGACAACCUUUUCCACCACCUCCUCCACCACCUGUUCAAGUGGAACCGAUCAAUUAUGAUGACAUCAUUACAAUGACACAGAAAUACAAGAAAUUGAAACUGCCAGAAUUUGUAGGAGGUAUUGAGCCAUUACAAGCAGAGGCAUGGGAAGAAGCGAGAAGAUGGUGGAUGCUCAUUCGAGAUAUGAACAGGGACUUGACAUGGGAUCGAUUCAAAGGAAUGUUUUAUGAAAAGUAUUUUCCACAAUGCAUGCGAGAUAGAAAAGUAUCCGAAUUUGAACAGCUGAAGCAAGGAACCAUGUCAGUAGCGGAGUAUGAAGCGAAAUUUACCGAACUAGCCCGUUACGCUCCUCAUAUGGUUGAUACGGAUUACAAGAAGGCAAGGAAAUUUGAGGGUGGCUUACAUGUUGAGGUCCUUGACCGGUCUAUAACUACACCUGAACCAGAAAGUAAGAAAUUCAAGAAACAGAAGAUGGAAGCGGUUAGUGAAUCAGUGGCCUCCGUGAAUGACAAUUUGAACUCGAGCUUUAAUGAUAAUACAACAAGGGGAAAUAGUGGGAGUGUAGGUAAACCUAUUUGUAGGGAAUGUGGGAAGCAGCAUGGGGGCAUUUGCCGCCGAGGAACUGGAGUUUGCUACAAAUGUGGACAACAAUGA